GAUUAAAAAGUCAUCAAAUCCGACCUCUGCCAAUACGGUCGGCAUUUCACCACCUCCUCCGAAAACACUCAAAAAUGAGCAGACGGAUCAAAACCCUAAUAAGCACAGAGAAUGAUCGGAACCGCCAAACCGCCUCAACCAGCAACGCCACCACAAUUCCUUACUUACCUGACAACGUCAUCGAAAAAAUCCUGUCCUUCCUUCCGAUCAAUCUAGCGGGCCAGGCGAACACCGUCUCGAAGCAAUGGGCAGCCCUGUGGCCUUCGUUCCCAGUAAUCGAUCUCGACGAGGCCGAUCCGAUCAAUUGCGAACUCUAUAUCGAACCUGGACGUUUCCUCAGCUUCUUGCACCAUUCUGUCAGACGAUGCGGGGAUCAGAGGCUCUUGGACAAGUUGAGGAUUCGAGCCAACCUUCGAUACGCCUACGUGUUGGUAACAGAGUGGAUUGAUUUUGCAAUUGAUAGGUGUGUUAAAGAGUUAGAUCUUCGAAAUUUGGGUGAGAAUUGUGAGUUCCUGAUAGCUCAUGCCGUUUUAACUUUGAAAUCUUUAACCAGUCUGAAUUUGGAGAAUGUGAGAGUUUAUGCAAGUUCUGGACUUAACGGUCCAGUUUGUCUACCCUUAUUGAAAACCAUGUCACUCACAGAGUUGGAAUUUUUCGACGAUGAGGAGGACUGGGCCAUUUGCGCCGUCCCCAGCUUAAUUUCGGGGUGUCCUAGCAUGGAGCAAUUGUCUAUUAAGAAAUGUAAGCUUGGCUACUCUACCAUGGAUCUUGAAAUUUCAAGUUACAGUCUCAAAUCCUUGGAAAUUAUGCAUUGCCAUUGUAUGCAUUUGGUGGUUACCGCCCAGAAUCUCGAGUCUUUUACAUUCUAUUCGGAUUGCACCUGUCCUUACCAUAAGACUAUGUACUUGUGGGAGUGUGAUAACUUGAAACAUGUGGACAUCUCUUGUGAGGGGUUGAAACAGCUUCUGUUGCAUACAUGCCUAGAAACUAUGGAGAACUCGUUUCACACUCCAAAUCUAGAGUCUUUUGAGUUUAGCGGAUAUCUGAAGGCCAAGGUCCAUUUUGUGGAUGCUCCAUCAAAGUUAUUGAAGGCUACAAUCAGAGUUUGGGAGACCUCAUGGCCCAUUGAAUAUUAUUCUGCUAUGAGAGAUUUUCUUGAAAGUUUCAAUUGCUCCAAAAAAGUGAAGCUACAUAUUGAGGAUGCUGAGGGUGUCAUAAUACCAGAACAUCGGAGAAUGGAAUGGUCUUCCCCAUUACCUAGUAUUAAGCAGCUGCAGCUAUACUUUUAUGCUCCAUUGGGGGACAGAGAAUAUUGUUUGAGACCUUCAUUGAUUUGGAUGGCACCAUCUGCUGAGAUUCUACCAUUUCUAGAUAAUAAUGAUUAUGAUUAUGAUGAUGAUGAUGAGGAUGAGGAUGAUGAUGACUAUGAUGAUGAUGAUGAUGAUGACGACGACGACAACGACGACGUUGAUGACCACAACGAAGACUAAAUAGUAAAGCAAAUGUUUUUGGGGAUAUGGGGACUGUGAGAGAGUGGUGAUUUCCAUCAUUCAGAAAUUCGGACAAAGGUAGAGUUUGAUAUUCUAUCAGUAGAGUUAUUUACGGAAAAUGAUCACUUGAAGCUAUACUCUGUGCCUAUAAAGAUUGUUUUAGUUCCUAUAAAAAUAAAAAAAUUAAGAUUGUUGCAGUGCUCUUA